UCUGAAAAUCGGGUCGGAGCUCGAGGGGUGAAAACAAUACAAAUAAAAGUUAGUAAAUAGUUUUGAUUUAGCAAAUUAGCCCCACAAGCAGGAGUGCAGCAUUUAGUGUUUAUUUGGCUGAGGUUCUUGGAUAGCUAAUUUUGUCCCGAUCAUUGUGCUGUUUCUAUUUUGUACUAAAUAUAAGAAAAGUCAUGGAGGACGAGUGGAGGCCGAAACAGUGCUCCGUGCUGCUGCCCACGGAGUCCAUGAAGACCAUGGCGGAGUCGGUGGGGGUGGGGCAGCUGCAGGAGGAGAGCUGCGUGGCCCUGACCGAGGAGGUCAGCUACCGUAUCAAGGAGAUAAUCCAGGAUGCCCUCAAGUUCAUGCACCACGGGAAGAGGCGCAAGCUGACCUCCAAUGACAUCGACCACGCCCUCAAGAUGAAGAACGUGGAGCCGCUGUACGGCUUCCAGUCUCAGGAGUUCAUCCCGUUCCGCUUUGCCAGCGGCGGUGGAAGGGAGCUGCACUUCUAUGAAGAGAAGGAGGUGGACCUCAGUGACAUCAUCAACACACCGCUUCCCAGAGUCCCACUGGAGGUCUCGCUCAAAGCCCACUGGUUAAGUAUUGAAGGUGUGCAGCCUGCCAUACCAGAGAACCCCCCUCCAGCUUCCAAAGAACAGCAAAAAACAGAGUCCACAGAGCCCCUUAAAGCAGUCAAACCAGGACAAGAAGAAGAAGGAGCCAUCCAGGGAAAGGGUCAGGGGGCGGCUGCUACAGAGGGCAAAGGGAAGGAGAAGAAUGUGGCGAGGCUGAAGGCCAGAAGCACCCAUGAGCUCUCGGUGGAGCAGCAGCUCUACUACAAGGAGAUCACAGAGGCCUGCGUGGGCUCCUGUGAGGCCAAACGAGCGGAGGCUUUGCAGAGCAUCGCUACGGAUCCUGGGCUGUACCAGAUGCUGCCACGGUUCAGCACCUUCAUCUCUGAGGGGGUGCGUGUGAACGUGGUGCAGAACAACCUGGCUCUGCUCAUAUACUUGAUGCGGAUGGUCAAGGCCCUCAUGGACAAUCCCACGCUCUACCUGGAGAAAUAUCUCCACGAGCUCAUCCCAGCAGUGGUGACGUGCAUUGUGAGUAAGCAGCUGUGUUUGCGGCCCGACGUGGACAACCACUGGGCGCUGAGGGACUUCGCCGCCCGCCUUAUGGCCCAGAGCUGCAAGACGUUCAGCACGACCACCAACAACAUCCAGUCACGCAUCACUAAGACCUUCACAAAGAGCUUGUUGGACGACAGGACACAGUGGACGACUCGCUACGGCUGCAUCGCUGGGCUCUCAGAGCUAGGACCUGAUGUGAUAAAGACGCUGAUACUGCCCCGGCUACCUGUUGAAGGAGCGCGAAUCAAAGCGGUGCUUGAGGGGCCCGUCAUCUCCAACAUCGAUAAGAUUGGGGCCGAACAUGUGCAGAGCCUCCUUCUGAAACACUGCGCUGGCGUCAUCGCGAAGACACGCCCUUUGCCCGACAACCUGGAGCAGUACCGGGCUGACUAUAGCUACCUGGGGCCUCUGCUGCAUUCCCACGUGGUGAAGGCUCGCGCCCAGGCUACGCUGCAGGCCCAGCAGGUCAACAGAACCACGGUCACCAUCACACAGCAGUCCCGCCCAACCCUGCCAGCAUCCCAAAGCAGUCUAGGUGGGACUGGGGGUUCUCGGGCCCCAAGCAUCAUCAAAGUGCCCAGCUCGCUCACCUUGAUGUCCACCCGCCCCGGGACCCCGACACAGCCUUCACCCUCGGCCACCAAGUACAUUGUCAUGGCAACCAGUGCAGGGGCAGCUUCCACCCAGCAGGUCAUCACUCUGGGUGCCUCCCAGUCCAGUUCCCCGGUCACCAGUACUGUGCCCAGCUCGGCUUCCGCUCAGCAGCCGCUGGUCAAAGUGGAGACUGCCGGGGGUGGGGCCAGCAGUGUGGGGGGGUCGCGUACACUGCAGAAGUACAUUGUGGUGUCCCUUCCCACUUCCUCCUCUUCGUCAUCCUCCUCAGAGACCAAGAGCUCCACCACAGUCCCUUCUUCAUCCGCCUCCCCCAUCUCCGCAGAGCCAACCGUGAAGACAGAGCGCUCGGAAUCACCAGGGGCCAGCUUCCACGGCUCACAUUGAUAACAGGGAUGGGGGAACAUCUCGAUAUGGGUGUAUAUAUAUGUGUGUAUGGGUGAAUAUAUAAAAAGGAGAGAAACUUUGAAUAUCAAGGGUUUAUUGGACAAUGAGAGAAUUAAUUACAGAUAGGAAAUGAGGUCUUUAUUCCCUAAUUUGUCUCUCCUGUCUCACACUCAAACACACUGACUGCCAGGAGAACUCUGCGUUUCUCCAAUUUUCUGUCUUUGCACUUCUCAGUAAUUUUAUGAGAUGGCCAUUAUUCUUAAUUGAUUUUUU